CAUCGAGACAACGAAAAAGACGAUAUUUUUGCUGCGUGGUUUACCCGCAGUUUCAAAUUCACGUCUAUUUCGUUGGCAGCGCUUGGCCGUCCUGCAUGUGAAUCGAAGUGCUACUCUGUUUCCGUUUGGGAAUUGUCUUUGACGUAACUGCGUUGUGCAAUUACUGAAUAGGUAGCUGAUCAAGAGGGUAUGGCAGUUGCAGAAGUUGCCUUACCAGCUCUCUCGGAUGAGCGUAUCUUUCCAGACGAAUUGGCUGCUGACGUUUUCGCUCAAGUUUUAGGCGCCCAGUCAGGCAUAAAUCAGUCUCAACUUGCAGAGCAGGGCAUCGUUGUUUCUCAACAGCUACCAACGAAACAGGUGGCAGGCUACCUCAAAUUGGUAGCCGAUAAAUUAGACCAGGAUGCGACUCUGAACAAUCUAAUCAGUCAACUGAAGGUGGAUGAGACGACAGUAUACGAUACGUUCAGAGCUGUGGCAUCGGAAAUCUUCCGAGGUGGAAUUACGUGGGGACGUGUCGCUGUUCUGUUCAUGUUCGGUGCCAAGCUGGCCAUGAGAACGUUCUACGACACGGGAAAGUUGUUCAAAACGUUAGUCGAUUGGGUGGCUCGAUUUGUCACCGAGCGCUUGAUGACAUGGAUAGAAGCGAGUGGAGGAUGGUCAGCAUUGGGCACCUUUGUGAUGGAAAAGUUUGCAGAUGCAAUUACUGCGGGCGAUGAAACCGAUGGACCCAGUGGAAUGGCGUUAAGUCGGUCGAAUGUUAAGUGGCUCGUGAUUGGCAUUGGACUUGGUGUAGCAGCAGCGGUGUGGGCAUACUCUCAGAAGUAGAAAACAGCUGCGACCAAUUUGAUAUUAAUUUGAUUAAUUGCAUGUUGCAUGUAAUAUAGUACUACUGCAAGGAUUUGGCACAGUUAGGUCAUGUUUUGGAGUUCCAUUUGAUUUAGUUAAUUGUAGCAAAUCAAUGGAAAUUGUAUUCAUGGUG